GUCAGAUUAUCAGCGGCACCGGAGAAGGCUAAACAACUCACUUUUAUCCCGACAAUUUUAUUUUAACUUUGGCGUUGUUUAGCUGCUGGCUAACGUUUAACCCAUUUUACCUGUCAAGUGCUGAAACUGUGUCUGAAGUUACGCCGUUAUCAGACAACUCUAACGUCUCUUUCAUGAAGUGCUAACUGACAUAAUGCUGUGAGGGGGAGCUGUGUUAGCUUAGCAGGAAUCAAAGCUAACGUUGGUUAUUUAGCGUUAUCCUUUCAGUUAACAGCUAACAGGAGCGACAGCAGCACCACCAGGAGACAAGCAUGAACUGCCCCCCCACCAAACGCCUGCGUGGCCUGAACCAGGAUGUAGCGAUGGCAGUGACCUUUGAUGACCCAUUUGGAGAUGAUGAGGACUUCACCCAGGACGACUUGGAUGAGAUUGACAUCAUUGCCUCGCAGGCCAUCACCUCAGCGGCUGCAUCUGGGCUUGGGUCUAAACCAGGAACCAAACCGAUGGAGCUGGGCCGUGGGUCCGCCUGGCCACAGUCUGCAGGGCAGAGUAAACCUGUGAGCAGAGCCACAACCACUCAGAGCAGAGACAACACAUUUGGGUUCAACAGCAGCAACAGAGGGUUCGCUGAGGUGUCAAGCAGAGAACCUCUCGGUAACAGGCAGCAGCAGUUUGGGUCAGACAGAGAAGAAUCCUACCAUCUGCUUGAAGCUCAGCAUGCAGAGCUAAAGAGGAAGCUAAAAGAGGUGGAGGAGGAGAUUGUGUUGAAGAGCGGGGAGAUCCGGGUCCUGAGGGACUCUCUGAUAGGAGCUCAGCAGGAGAAGGAGGCCCAGAGGCAGAACCAGAUUCUGCUGGAGACUCAGAGACAGAGAGAGCAGAGCGACAGAGAGAAGGAGCUGAACAGGAAGGUUCAGUCUUUGCAGUCUGAGCUGCAGUUUAAAGAGGCAGAGAUCAUUGAGAUAAAGACCAAACUGCACAGUUCAGACAAAAACAAGACAGCUUCUCCACUGACUAGGAACAGUCCGAAAGUGUUGAACUGUCACGCCCAGUUGCAUCAUGGGAGCGGCAGCAGCUCCUCCUCUCCAUCAGGAAAUGGGUUCAUCACUAAGGAGACAUUUGGAGCUCACCUCCCAAGCAGAACGACACCAGUGAAGACGCGGCUGAAGACACGAAGAGACGGUGGGGACAGAGGGGCCUCCAGCAGCAGGUCUGGUGACAAACAGGAAGUCCAUCGUCCAGACCCCUUCCUAUCCGUCAGACCUGCACACCUCCAGCACAGAGGUGGCAUUCUGCUGGGGUUGUUGUUGCAGCACCCUCUGUCUCCCAGCAGCCUCGGCCUCUCUCACCUGCUGUCUAUGAGUCUGACUGACAUCCACCUGACAUCCAGCGGGAUGUCAGCAGGUUUUCUGCUUCACUCUGAUGCUGCACCUACUGUCGAUGGAGGUGGAAAUCCCAGAGUAGACCUGAGUCCAGUCCAGAGUCUGGCUGUAACUGGACUCAACAUGCUGAGUCAGAGCCGACCAGAAGCUGCAGCCAGCAGCAUAAGCAAAAGGUCAUGUCCCGGCGCUGUCCUCCUCCUCCCUCUGUUGGAGCUUCACCUGUCUCGGUUCUGUCAGGCUCUGGAUUCGCUCCGCUCAACCUCUUCUGGUGGUACAAACUCUGGUUCUGCCAGCUCUCUCCCAGCGGGCCGUGCUGCUGCAGCUGCUGGACUAGUGAGACCGGAGGAGACUGGUUUGACUGCUUUCAGUGUGGAGGACACUGGUUUGGCUGCUCUGAGGCUCCUCUACCUGGUGUUGGCCCACAGUGACGAGGUGGUGGAGGCUGUGUUGUCAAAGGAGAGUCGAAGCGGAGUUUCAGACAAGAAGGCUGAGCACUCUGCAGCAGGUGUGGGUCUGUACUCCCAGAAUGCCUUGCUGCAGUCAGUGCUGCGGCUGUGUGAAGCGGGUCUGGGCAGCACUGGCGGGUCCCAGAGGGAGGAGCUUGUCCUUCAUGCCAUGAAGACUCUGUGUGUCCUUAUUGAGAAGACGCCAGACACACACAUCAACAGGUUGCAGUGUGUGUUGCAGGUGCUGUGUGUGUGUCUGUCAGCAGACAGCAGGUUGCGGACAGUUUCAGAGUGUGUGUCUGUCCUCACGUCCAUGUCCGACCACCAGACACUGGUUCAGCAGCUCUGCUCUCAACAUGACCCGUGUGUUUUGCUGAAGUUGUUCCAGUUCAUCAGAACCAGACCCGACAACGAGGCAACACACAUAGACUGGAUUCUGCUCGACCUGCAGUCUGACUCGUCACCAGAGCACCAAGAGAAAUGCCGGUGCUCCGGUCACUCUGUGACAGAGACUGAGAUCAACUGCAGCUGA